UUUUUUCGCGUCAGAGGCCUUCUUCUCCUUCAUCCCCAAAUCGCAAAACCUUCUGCACAAUUACUCGAUUCCGAACGAGCUACUAUCCAUUUGACCCUAAUUAAAGUAACGAAGGGAAAGGAGAGAUUCUGAUUGAGGAUUUCUUAUCUCUAUCUACCUAGAAAGCCGUCAAAAUGGUGAAGACCACGAAGGGAGGCAAAACCAUGAACCCUACCGAUUCAUACCGCAAGGAGCUGCGCAAGAAAGAAUUGAAGCGGAACAAGAAGGAGAGGAAAAAGGUAAGGGAAGUUGGGAUUUUGAAGAAGGAUCCCGACACUCUGAAAGAUCAGAUUCAGAAACUGGAAGCAAUGAAGGCAGAUGGUGCUCUGGACAAAGCUAGAAAACACAAAAAGAGACAACUUGAAGACACACUGAAUCUCGUACUCAAAAAGAGGAAGGAAUAUGAAGAAAAGAUGAAGGAAAAAGGUGAAACGCCAGUUAUGUUCAGUCAUUUGGGACCUGUUCGAAGGCGAACCACUGCAGAAGAGGAAGAAAGAGUCAAACAUCCCAUACCUGAAGACUCAGUUUAUUAUCACCCGACUCUGAAUCCUUCUGGAGCGCCGCCGCCUGGAAAACCUCCAAUGUUUAAAUCAUCAAUUGGACCAAGGAUUCCUUUACCAGAAAGCUCGAGUAACGUGGCAUCAUCAUCACAAUUAGAAGCAGAGGAUGGCACCUUACCUGUUCCUCCUCCUCCGCCUCCUCUGCCUGGUGCGAACUUAGAUUCUGGAGAAGGUGCUACUUUGCCCGUGUCUUUGCCUUUGCCGCCUCCUCCACCUAUGCCUCCACAUCCAGCAGGGGGAGAUAUUAUAUCAUCAUUGCCUCCACCACCACCUCCACCUGGCCCACCGCCUAAGGAGUUACUUGCUGUUCAUCCCCCACUUCCUCCACCUCCACCAAUGCAGCCAUCCUCCCAACCACCUCCCCCUGGUAUUCCUGGCGGCGAGAAUGCGAAUUCAGAAGAUUCAACUUCCAGGCAUCCAGUUCCGAUGCCAACUAGCCUUCCUCCACAGCCUCACCCGACUGGGAUGCCCCCAAAGUUAGGUGAUGCCCAGCCUGAAGGCUCAUCUUCUGAGUCUGAAGCAAAAACUACAAUAGAUCCCACAGAACUUCUGAAAAUGGCUCCUCCUCCACCACCAUUAAGGCAACAGCCUCAAAUUCCUGGUGCUGGCAUAGGGUCAAGUUUGCAGCUCGAUAUGCUUCCUCCAGGCAUUGCACGCUUUCCACCGCCACCACCAGCUGAUAUGCGCCCCCCAUUUUCCGCCCCUGGAAUACCUGGGCAACCUGGUCAUGUUGGACUCAUGACCCCACUAAUGCCAAGACCACCUUUUGGACCUCCCCUUGCCUAUCCAUCAAUGAUAAGACCACCGCUUCCACCUGGCCCACCUCCUAUUCCACAUGACGACUUUAUUGCUCGACAAGCUGUUCCUCAGAAGCCAUCAUACAUCAAAUCAGCUGCAUCCACCGUUGUAAAGAGGCCUCUGGCGCAGCACACUCCUGAGCUUACAGCUAUGGUUCCUGCAUCGGUACGGGUCAGGAGAGAGUCUGCCCUUCCCCUUCCAAAAGCAAAGCCAAAGACAACUACCCCUACUACAUCCAACCGGCCAAUUGUGGCUCCACCAGUUGCAAAGCAAGCAUCCGCUGGCUCGUCGUCUGCAUCAAAACCACAAAGCAUUGAUGACUCGUAUAUGGCGUUCCUGGAGGACAUGAAAGCACUGGGUGCUCUCGAUAGUUGAACCAGAUACAUCAUGAAUGCUUGAAUGUAGGAUUUUAUGAUGAGAGGAAGCAGCGCGAUUCAAGGCUUUUGGUAUGGCUCCGAUCUUCAACAUGGCCAAGUAACUACGCUCUCAUACCCAUUGUGCAUUUUUGCACCCUGUGAUAGCCAUUCCGCUGCUACCGUUGUUAUCAGCUUUAACUGCUGUAUUCUCUUUCCCUUAUCAUUGUGAACUUGUUUCUCUGAACGAGUAUCCAUCUGCUAGAAAAGUUAAACUGUAUCUAUAGACAUACAUUAACCAUAUUGAUCUAUUAUUCCAUUAAA